ACUUUGUGGGAAAUGAAAUCUCAAACCAGCAAAAUUUCAAUUCCCAUUUCUAACAAUUCCUCUCAAAUGGCUUCCUUUAGUGGCAAUGCGUUUUCCUACUUAUUUCUAGUAAUGCUUUUCUCCUCUAGCUUAAUCCAAGCAAGAGAGAGCAAAUUCUUUAGCAAAAUUACCCAUUUCAGCACUACCGACUUUGAACCUACUGAACUUUCACUACUUUCACCAAUUGAAGCACCUGCACCAUCCCCAUUUGUAGUGCCGCUAGCACCAGCGCCAGCGCCGACAAGCGAAAAUGGGAGGUCUGACCUUUUUACUCCAGCAAAAGAAGAAAACGAAAUCUUUAAUCAAGAAUUUGAUGGCGAAACCUACCGAUAUAACAACUACAACGAAAAAAGUAGCUAUAAUGGCAAUUACAACAACAACAACAAUGACAAUGGCUACAAGCUUGCUAGUGAAAGCCAUGAGACGGCCAAUCAAAAUAACUAUAAUGGCUACAACGUUGCUAGUGAAAGCCAUGAGACAGCCAAUCAGAAUAACUACAAUGGUUUUACAGGUAAUUAUAAAUAUAACAACAAUGGUUAUGAGCUUGCAAGUGACAAUGGCUACGAGACAGGCAAUCGAAACUACAACAACAAUGGGUAUGAGAGCAAUCAGCAACUCGGAAUGAGUGACACCAGAUACAUGGCGGGUGGAAAGUACUCCUACAAUGCGAAGAACGAGAACUAUUAUAAUCCUGCUAAUGAGUAUCAAGUCGGGAAAGAAAUUAAAACUCAAAAUCAGGCAUAUUAUGGGAACUUUGAGAAUCAAAAUGAGUUCAAUAAUUUGCAGUAUGAGAAUCAGGAGUCGUACGAUGAGCAGGGGAGCCAAGAGGAGGAAUCUUUGCCUUGAAAUUUUUGUUGGUAUUUGAUAAAAUUAAUGUUUGUUGUGUAUUACAAGAUUAAUGACAGAAGAAGAUUGGAUAUAUUUAAAAAUUAUAAGCCUAAAUUAAACAAGGGAAAUUCUCUUUUCAUGAGUGAUUUUCAUUUCUCUUUUUAUUUUUUAAACUUUUGUUUGUAUUAGCGCAAAGAUUGUGGUUUAAAUUUAAAGAAAGAAAUGUAGAUUUAUUUGGAAUUUA